GCAGGCCAGUUUUGACUUUUGACCCAAAAAACCGCAGGAACUCAGCGGAGUUAAAGGCCUGCGCCGUUACUGUGCCUCCGAUUUCUUCCUUUCCAUGACACACCGGGCGUCCUGGCUUGUUGAAAAAGUUCGUCGAGUCGACUCCGUCUAGCGCUGUCAAUACGAAUUUUAAGUAUGUCUAAGUUGGCGGUAGAUCUUCCUCCCAGAGGUGGAUUUAGUUUUGAUCUCUGUAGAAGAAAUGACAUGCUUGAAAAGAAGGGUCUUAAGCCGCAAUCUUUUCUCAAGACAGGAACUACUAUUGUUGGUUUGAUAUUUCAGGAUGGCAUCAUUCUUGGAGCUGAUACAAGGGCCACUGAAGGACCCAUAGUUGCUGAUAAAAACUGUGAGAAAAUUCAUUACAUGGCACCCAAUAUAUAUUGCUGUGGAGCAGGUACUGCUGCUGAUACAGAAGCAGUAACAGAUAUGGUCAGCUCCCAACUGCAAUUACAUCGCUACCAUACUGGUCGAGAAUCAAGAGUAGUUACGGCACUGACACUUCUGAAGAAACAUCUUUUCAAUUACCAAGGUUAUGUCCAAGCAGCUUUGGUACUUGGUGGAGUUGAUGUCACUGGACCUCAUUUACAUACUAUAUACCCUCAUGGUUCAACUGACUCACUUCCCUUUGCAACAAUGGGAUCAGGUUCACUUGCUGCAAUGUCUCUAUUUGAGUCUAAAUACAAGGAAGGCUUGACUAGGGAUGAAGGGGUACAGCUAGUGGUUGAGGCAAUAUGUGCUGGUAUAUUUAAUGAUUUGGGAAGUGGAAGCAACGUGGACGUUUGUGUGAUAACCAAGGGACAUAAAGACUACCUCAGAAACCAUCUUUUGCCAAAUCCACGUACAUAUGUCAAUCCAAAAGGCUUUACUUUCCCUAAAAAGACCGAGGUUCUCUUAACAAAGAUUACUCCCUUGAAGGAGAAGGUUGAGGUGAUCGAAGGAGGUGAUGCUAUGGAAGAGUAGCAUUCGUGUCAACAGGAACUAAUGCCUGUGGCCGAAACUUGACUGCAAGCAAUGACUAGUGGAAUGGUUCCGUAAUAUGUAUUGUCGUACUUUAGAACCGUGACCCUGUUUUUACCUCAAAUGAAUCCAUUAGAUCAGUUCAAGUGGGAACCGUGUUUUUUUUUUUAUUUUAAAUUCUCAUUACAUGCUAUUAAAAUUGAAGUAUUGAUUCUCACUGAAAAGUACUUGGGAUUGUGGAGGCCGAAGAAUCUCUUUUCAGGGUAAGCCCGAGGGAACGUAUGCUACUACCCCCCAGGGUGGGAGCUUUGGAGGGAGGCACGGGGGAUGGAAACGAAUUUGUCGAAUGACUUUGUCAUGUUCCUGCAUGAGUCGUUACAUCAUUGGCCGAGCGUUGUGUUUCAAACACUUGGGUAUUUCUUGAUUGAUUGUUCACUGUGAUUACAGUUAUUUUUCUCCUUU